UUUUGUCAUACAGUAUAUACGAUAGGUGAUAUUAAAAUCAUAUAUAACCAACUCACUUGUUUGAUGGCCCAAUCUCACGCCAGAGGGUUCCUCAGUUGAAUCAAAAUCUUUUUGGACCUAAAGCAUAUUCCUCUUGGGGGAUUCCAUUAAAAGAUUCCUAAAAGCACUAGUGCCUAUUAGGCAAAGAAUUGCAGAAUUCUGAGUUUCAGCCCCCCCUACAAGUAGCCCUCUUCCUCUAUAAACCACAUCCUGCCCGUGAAUUUGGCAUCAAUUCACGGUCAGGAUGCAUUCCCCCUGUACUUUGGGCCUAGUAAAUUCUGAUCUGAACUGAUUGGUACUUCUCCCAAGAAUUAAUCACUUUCUUUGUUUCUUCUCCAUGCAAGGAAAGAAGAUAUGGAUGGUGGCAGAUCAGUCUGUUGUACCUGCGACUCGAUGUAGAUUGGUGGGGCCAAGAAAACUAGUGUGUCUUAGCUAGGCUUUGUAGGCUCCCUCCAAAAUGUCUAUACUGCGUUGCACAAGCAUCUCAUUCUCAUCUGCCCACUUGCAUUGCUUUGGCAGCUUGAUCACUUGUUACAAAUUUAGACGUAAGUUGUGAAAGAAAGAAAAAAAAAAGCCAAAAGCAAAAAGACAAAUACAUCGAAGAAAAGCAUAAAGUUAAAGGUUGAUACAGUGAUUGGCACUUGAUUCGUAUUCUCUUUGAUUGAGAGAAUUCAUGGAAGCAACUGCUUUUGUCGUGAUUCAUGGUCGUCAAAUUAACAAGAUAACAAUGGCGUUUUCUCAUUGAGCAGGUCUGCUGAGCUCUCAAAUCCCACCCAUUGCCGAAGCCCAUCAAACCAUCCUAUCAUUUCAGCUCGUCCAUGGCUGCAAUGGCGACCCAUGAAGCCUUCUCUUCCACUUCUCCACGGGACUAUGAUGUCUUCCUGAGUUUCAGAGAUGAACCCAGCAACAGGAACUUCACUGAUUGCCUCUACACCGCUUUGGUCAAACGGGGAAUCCACACCUUCCGAGACAGCAAUAUAGAAGAAACAAGGAAAGGAAGAGAAACCACGAUUGAAGAACCAAAAGUUUCGAUCAUAGUUUUCUCAAGGAACUACGCUUGUUCCAGAUGGUGCCUGGACACACUUGUGAGAAUACUAGAAUGUAGAAGAAGGAUGAACCAAUUGGUUCUGCCUGUUUUCUAUGAUGUCGAUCCGUCUGAUGUUCGGAAACAGAGUGGGAGUUUUGCAGAAGCAUUUGCCAGACACGGAGAAGAGUGUUUUAAGGCUGAGGAGAUGAUGAAGGUGGUGCAGGGAUGGAGGAUUGCUCUCACUGAAGCAGCAAAUCUCUCAGGGUGGGAUCUGCGGAAUGUUGCAUACAGGGAUCAAUCAAUGUUCAUCAAAAAAAUUGUUGGAGUGGUUUUCACUAAAUUGAGCAAAAAGAUGUUGGAUGUUACCACCUACCUAGUUGGAAUAGACGCCUGUGUGGAUGCAAUGAAUUCAUUAUUGAACAUUCAGUUUCAGUCAAAUGAUAUUCGCAUUGUAGGGAUUUGCGGUAUGGGCGGAAUAGGCAAGACAACCAUUGCCAAGUCUCUAUACAAUCUAAUUUGUCAUCAAUUUGAAGGUAGUAGCUUUCUUGCAGAUGUCAAAGAAGCCUCUGAGAAGCUUAAUGGUCUUGUCCAGUUACAAGAAAAGCUUCUUUCAGACAUUCUUAGGGUAGAAAAAUUAAAGAUAAGUCACAUUGAUGAAGGAGCUAAUUUGAUCAAAGGAAGACUUUGUAAUAGAAGGGUUCUUGUUGUUCUAGAUGAUGUGCGCCAUCAAAACCAACUAAAUGCGUUGGCUAGAGAACGCAGUUGGUUUGGUGCAGGAAGUAGAAUCGUCAUAACAACUAGGGAUGAGUAUGUUCUGGAUGUAGUUAAAGUGGAUGAAAAGUAUAGUGUUCAAAAAUUAAGUGAUGAUGAAUCCACUGAACUCUUCAGUUGGCAUGCCUUUGGGAAAGACCAUCCUAUAGAAGAUUAUGUGGAGAUCUCAAAACAAAUAGCACAAUAUGCUGAGGGCAUUCCUUUAGCUCUUGAGGUUUUGGGUUCCUUUCUGUAUGACAAAAGAAGCAUAGCUGAAUGGAGAAGUGCUUUGGAAAAGCUAAAAAGAAUUCCUUACAAUAAAAUUCAAAAAGCACUCAGGAUAAGCUUUGAUGGACUGGAUCAUAGCGAGAGGGAUAUAUUUCUUGAUAUUGCAUGCUUCUUUAAUGGGAUGUACAAGGACGAUGUAAUGACAAUACUAAAUGGUUGUGGUUUUCAUUCAGAAAUUGGAAUCAGUGUUCUUGUUCGUAAGUCUCUUCUCACAGUGUAUGAAAAUGACAAGGUGAAGAUGCAUGAUCUAUUACGUGACAUGGGAAGAGAUAUCAUUCGUGAAGAAUCCCCAAAGGAGCCUGGAAAACGUAGUAGGCUUUGGCUUGAUGAAGAUGUUUAUUACGUGUUGGAAAAAUGCAAGCAGGGAACAGAAGCAAUCGAAGGCAUCGUACUGGAAAACCACCAAUCCAGUUCGUUAAGUGUACAGUUGACAACUGAAGCAUUCACAAGGAUGCAAAGACUAAGACUGCUCAGAAUGGAUUAUGUAAAGUUAAUGGGGUCCUACGAGAAUGUCUCUGGAGAGCUAAAAUGGCUGUGUUGGCAUGGGUUCCCUUUGACAUUUAUACCAUCCAAUUUUAAUCUAGAGAACCUUGUUUUUCUUGAUAUGCAACACAGCAGAAUGAAACAAGUAUGGAAGGAAAUCAUGUUGCUCGAAAAAUUGAAAGUGCUUGAUCUUAGUCAUUCAUGUUACCUUACCAGGACUCCGGACUUCCUGGGACUUCCCAACCUUGAGAGAUUGAUCCUUGAAGGUUGUACAAGCUUGGCUGAGGUUCAUGAUUCUAUUCAACACCUUGACAGAAUCAUCUUUUUGAAUCUGAAAGACUGCAAAAAGUUCAAGGAUCUACCAAGCAGCAUUUGUAAGUUGAAAUCUCUUGAAAUUCUAAUUCUCUCCGGGUGCUCAAAGCUUGAAAAGUUGCCGGAGAAAUUAGGAAAUAUGGAAUCUCUAACGGAGCUUACAGUAGAUGGAAGUGGAAUAAGAAAAUUACCUUACUCCAUCUUACGCUUGAAGAAGCUCAAGAUAUUAUCUUUAGAAGGAUGUAAAGUAUCAUCAGAUAAUUUAUUCCAUUCGUUCUUCUCAUCUAUGCUAUCUCCAGGAAAGAGUAGACCUGAUUCCAAUCUCCUACCCAAUUCUUUCUCGGGUUUAUACUCCUUAAGUGGCCUAAUUCUCAGCAAAUGCAAUCUGUCAGAAGGCUCUAUUCCUAGUGACAUUGGGAGCUUAAGGUCAUUAGAAGUGUUGGAUCUAAGUUAUAACAAUUUUACUAGUCUACCAUCCAGCAUCAGUCACCUUUCCAAGCUCGAGGUUCUUGAGUUACAGAAUUGCAAAAUGCUUCGAUCACUUCCAGAGCUUCCAUCAAGUUUAGAGGAGCUAUAUGCACCUGGUUGCACAUUGUUGGAAGGUUUCUCACAUUCUACCAGCUUGUCCUACUCCUUGCAAGGUUUGGAUCCAAGUUCAAACAACUCUUAUGGCCAAGCAUCCAGUAUCAGUUCCCUCUCCCGACUCACUCGCAUUGAUUUAAGCCGUUGUACACGGCUUCAGUCACUCCCGAAACUUCCUCCAAGUUUGAAGGAAUUAGGCGUAUGUCAAUGCAAAUCAUUGAGAUUAUCAAAUAUACGAAACAAUCAAAACUUACUUCCAUUUGAGCUUCAUGGCUGUGACGAGAUGUUUGAGCUUCAGGACCUUAGCAAAUUGCAGUCUCUCGAGAUUAUUUCGGAAGAUGGUGAGUUUGAAAUGUUCCUUUAUGAGAGUGAUAUUCCAAAGUGGUUUCAUUACCAGAGCUUUGGGUCUUCAAUAUCUUUUGAGGUUCCACUACUUUCAGACCACAAGGUAAAUCAAGGGUUGAUUUUAUCUGCUGUAUAUGAAGUGGAUGACAGAGACGAAAAAAUAUUUGCUUUUUUUGGUAAUCUUGGUGCCUAUUUUGUUAAUAAGACCAACAAUGUUGAGCGGAAAUAUAGUGCUAAUUAUGGAGGCUCUGUUCUCUUUCGCCAUGACACACACAAUAUGUGGGUAGCCCACAUGCCCGGUACCCAAUUUGAGAAUUUAUUAAGUGGUGGGAAUCAAAUGGAGGUCUCAUUUGAAUUGGGGUCAGUUUCCAAAGUGAAAAAGCAAGGGAAUCAGCCAGUAUUCACGCCUGACGAGAAGGCAGUACAGGUGAAGAAGUGUGGGAUCCAUUUUUUAUGCAAGCUAGAUGAGACCAGUUAAUGAUAGUAAUGGUUAAUGUAGCGCAGAAUUAAUAGGAUCUGGUUUAAAAAUGUUGGUUUGAUGAAACUUAAUUAGCAAUUGUAAUAUAUUUACUUACAUAAAUGAGUGUUAGAAUAUAACGAUGCAAGAUGCUUAUAUUCAUUAUGGAUUGGCACUUUGUGGCCCAGAAGCUAUUCAUGAUUAAUCUAGAAUUUGAGCCAAGGCAGAUUUGUGU